AUGGCAGUUUUAUUAUAAAAUUUUAAAAUUUUCUAUAUAAAUGAUAGAUUCAAAACUUAUGUAAAAAAAGAAGUUCCCUCAGAUGCUUUGACUGAAGGCCUAAAUAACAGUGUAACUGAUGUGGCUCUAACAGAUUAUGGAAUCAUAUUUUUAAUAAAUGACUACUUUGGGAAUAUAUUGAUAAAAAUGAAAAAUAACAUCUUACUUGCUGGAAGAGCUGACUUAAGAGAAUUAAUAAAGCUUCCUAUGUAUAUUACUUUUAUGUUGGCUAGUACUCCAGGAAGGCAUUUUGUUGUUGAAAGGAAUUUUCUGUGGAACCCAGCAGAUGAGGACCAGGCAGGUUGUCUGUAUAAAGCACAGUCAUGGCCCGUGAUGCUUAAAGAAAGUACAAACUCUACAUUGGAUAAAAUCUGGGGACUACAGAUCAGUACAAAUGAAGGACUGCGUGAGCAGUACCAGAUUUUAAACAGCACUUUGAACAAUUACAUUGUUUGGGCUACUAGUCAUAGUGCCAUUUGUGUGUUCAGACUGAGGAUAUUUGAUCGAAACUACGGGCUAUUGUCCUUUUCUUAA